AUGGAACAAUAUUACAAACGAAAAUCAUCAUUGAUUAGUUCGGACAAUUAUAUUCCAAAUAGUUCACCUUCAAACUUGGAUAGUUUCAAUCCUAUUCAGAAUAGUUCCCCAACUUCCUCUCCAAUUCCAAAUAGUUCCGAUCCAAUUGGGGGUAAUUCCACUCGACAACAAAAUGAGUUAAAAGUUGAUUUGGAUAAUCUUGAGAGAGACCCCGGAAAAAGAAUUCCAAUGAAGGACUAUCCUCCAAAUAUUCGAGAUGAGUCAGAAGAAGCUCGUAUGGCUUAUCGCACUUGCUUGAAUGCGUCAAUUGAUUGCACUAAGUUUUUGUUUCGACAAGGUCUUUCAUUUCGUGGUCAUGAUGAAACUGACACUUCAAACAAUAGAGGUAACUAUUUGGAGCUCUUGCAAUUCCUUGCGGAUCAUGAUGAAAAAAUAAAGGGUGUUGUGUUAGAUAAAGCUCCGGGAAAUCUCAAGCUAAUAACUCCUACAAUCCAAAAGGAUCAUGUUCAUUCAUGUUCUAUUGAAACCAUUAAUAGUAUCAUAAGUGAUAAGAAGAAUGCUAUGUUCUUUUCUUUAUUGGUUGAUGAGGCACGUGAUGUUUCUAUAAAGGAGCAAAUGGCUGUGGUUUUGCAUUAUGUCGACAAAAAUAUGAAAGUCAUUGAAAGGUUUGUAGGAGUUCAACAUGUUCCCGAUACCACUUCAAACAUACUACAAGAGUCUAUUGAUGCGUUCAUUAAUUUCAAUGAGUUGAGCUUCUCCAAUUUACGAGGGCAAGGUUACGAUGGUGCUAGUAAUAUGAAAUGUGAGUUCAAUGGACUCAAGACAAAGAAUUUGAAUGAACAACCUUGUGCAUUUUAUGUUCAUUACUUUGCUCAUCAACUCCAAUUAGCUCUUGUUGUCAUCGCAAAAGAUAAUGUUGAUGUUAAUACAUUUUUCCUAUUGGCUAAUAAUGUGGUAAAUAAUAUUGGAGCUUCAUGUAAGCAUCGUGAUGCACUUAGAGAGAUGCAACAAAAAGAACUUAUGAAAGCUCUUGAAAAUGAUUCUCUUAUGAUGGGACGAGGCUUAAAUCAAGAAACUAGUCUCAAAUGUGUUGGAGCUACAAGAUGGAAUUCACAUUAUGGUACUUUGAUUAGUUUGAUUUCUAUGUACUCGUCCGUGGUCAAUAUGCUUGAAAUGAUUGUUGAUGAUAAUACCAAUGAUAGUGUGGCCGGCAAAUAG